AUGGGAAAUUCCGGCCAAUUAGGUUACAUAACAAGCAUAUCUGAGCUGUUAGAUUUUCGAAAGUUUGACUUUCCCUCCGGCGCCGUACUGCAAAAUUUCUCUGUUACUGAAGUUUACAUCAAGAGAGCAAAGAAAUGUUUGUCAAAAGUAAUGAGGUCGCACUGGACGACAGAUCUUGACAUAGAAACACUUGAAUUAAGACGGAGUUUGGCAAGCUUAGCCGAACUCCAAACUGUGAUACCCUUCCAUAUACCACGUUAUAAGAUUAUAUUGGACGAAUGCAAAAACAAAUCGCCUGUUGUUAGCGCAACGAAUCUUACAUUUGCUACCCGAUUCCUAGCAGUAUUUAUGUUUUUUAAAGUUAAAGGCUGUAGGCCUAUGACGUAUCUGCAUUUGACGGUUAGCAUGUUUGAGAGUGCAAAACGAAAUAAAGGAAUGGUCGAUCAAACCACAUUCAAAACUGCCAAAAAGUAUGGCUUUGAUUCCUUAUAUUUUGACGAAAUUAGUUUGGAUGUUGUUGACAAUUACGUUCGCUAUGUUAGGCCAUUGCUGCAACCAAGGUGCGACUAUUUGCUCGUCAAUCGUAAUGGCAUUCAAUUUCAAAAAUUAACAGAAAUCUAAGUAUAUUAGUCUUUCAGGCAAUCGGAAAAUACGUUCAUCCCACAAGAUACAGGCAAAUCAUUGAAACUGAAAGUGUGCAAAUCCUCAAUGUAGAGGAGCAGAAGUUGGUUUCUGAAGAUCAAAAACACAGUUCGAAUGUCGCCCGAGUCCAUUAUCAGAAAUUGCGUUCUCGAGAUGUAGCUAUCAAAGGGCGAACAUGUAUGGAAAAAUUGCGUGGCUUACACGGAGCAGAAAUGGACACUUGCGUUGAACAGUUAAAACAAGAACAUUGUUCCGAACACAAAUCAAAAAGUGAUAACGAAACCACUCCCAUACCACAAACAACGACAGAAAAGGUUUCUGCCGAGAAACGCAAACCCCUGAGAUUCACGAAAGAAGAGGAUCAAUUUAUAGAAAGGGGAAUUAAAAGAUUUGGUGCACGAUGGUGCACAAUCCUACGACAUACAGAAUAUAACUUCCAACUGGUAGAGAAGCUAGGUCACUUAGACUUCGUGCAAUUCAACAAAAACUUAUGUAGUGUAUUUCACUCGUGUACCUUGUAA